UCCAUUUAUAUUUUUGACUGUGGCCCAUAUGCAGCAUCUGUCCAGAUGUUGCGCGCGAAGCUGCUGCUGCUGUCGCUGACCUCGGUGCUGAAACACGACGUCAGACGAACCUGCGCUCCACAGGAGACAGACAGCCUCACUCCCUCUUUGAUUUGUUGCAUCUACACUCCUAAACUCCCUCUUUUGUUAUGUGCAUUUGAUUUUUUUCUUUACUUUUAAGCGCAUUAAGUGGUUUAUUUUAUUAUUAUUAUUUUCUUUUUAGUUGCUGGCUUUUSAUCGUGAUGGCUCUUGGUUCAGCUGCUGUCCUCCAGGCAGGAGACGAGCUGCUGCUGCUGCGGGAUGAAGGCGUCUGAGUCUCUUUCCUUGUGACAGGGUCUCAAUAUUUAUUUAUUUGUUCGUUCCCUCCUCGGCGGGGCUCAGAGCCGCCUGCAGGACCGUCGCCUCUGUGCGCGCGCCCCUCCGCUCGCCCCUCGGCUUCUUCGCUGCUUUUCUUUGAGCCGCUGCAGUCGGCUUCAUCCUGCGCGGGAACAUGACGCCGAGACAGUGAGACCAUUCUGACAGGAAGAAAGAUUAAAACACGCACGAUCCGGAUAUGGAGUCCAUGAAGAUGAGAGCCACGGCGGGGGUCAAGGAAUUUGCGGGGAAGACCCUGGGUCAGAUGUACAGGGUGAUAGAGAGAAGGCAGAAAGGCGGGGAGGUGAUCGAGCUGACGGAGGACGGGCGGCCCCGGGAGGCCGCGGAGAAGAAGCCCCCACUGUGCGACUGCACGUGCUUCGGUCUGCCCCGCCGCUACAUCAUCGCCAUCAUGAGCGGCCUGGGCUUCUGCAUCUCCUUCGGCAUCCGGUGUAACCUGGGCGUGGCCAUCGUCAGCAUGGUCAACAACAGCACCGUGCACCAGAACGGCAAGAUCAUCAUCAAAGAGAAAGCCAAGUUUAACUGGGACCCGGAGACCGUGGGGAUGAUCCACGGCUCGUUUUUCUGGGGGUACAUCGUGACACAAAUCCCGGGAGGAUACAUCUCCUCCAGGCUGGCAGCAAACAGGGUUUUUGGUGCAGCCAUUGUCCUCACCUCCACCCUCAACAUGUUCAUCCCCUCUGCAGCCCGAGUCCACUACGGCUGUGUCAUAUUUGUCCGAAUAUUACAAGGACUGGUGGAGGGAGUGACCUACCCGGCCUGUCACGGCAUAUGGAGUAAAUGGGCUCCGCCGCUGGAAAGGAGUCGUCUGGCCACCCUCUCGUUUUGUGGUUCUUAUGCUGGUGCUGUGAUAGCCAUGCCUCUGGCCGGGAUUCUGGUUCAGUACACAGGAUGGUCCUCAGUGUUCUACGUCUACGGGUGCUUUGGCAUUUUCUGGUACAUGUUCUGGAUUCUGGUGUCCUAUGAAAGCCCAGCCGAACAUCCCUCCAUCUCRGACGAGGAGCGCUGCUACAUCGAGGAGAGCAUUGGAGAGAGUGCCAAGCUGAUGGGUCCUUCAGAGAAAUUCAAGACCCCCUGGAAGAAGUUCUUCACCUCAAUGCCCGUCUAUGCAAUCAUUGUGGCAAACUUCUGCAGGAGCUGGACGUUUUACCUGCUGCUGAUCAGCCAGCCUGCAUAUUUUGAAGAAGUGUUUGGCUUCGAGAUAAGCAAGGUUGGUAUCCUCUCUGCUCUCCCACACUUGGUGAUGACCAUCAUCGUGCCCAUCGGCGGUCAGCUGGCCGACUUCCUGCGCAGCAAGAACAUCCUGACGACCACCACUGUCAGGAAAAUCAUGAACUGUGGAG